AAGACUGCUUUGGCAAUCAGCUGUUUGUCAACUUCAAUUUGCCCCAUUUACAAAUUUUUCUCACAUUUGAACAAAAUUUUUCUUGUAUUUACAAAACCUAGCCAAAAGCAGAGUCAUGGCCGGACGUGAAGCCGUAAGAAAAGCUGUACAGCAAGUGCGUCCCAUCUUGUCGGUGGAUCGGGAUGAGGCGCGCAAACGUGCGCUCAAUCUGUACAAAGCUUGGUAUCGGCAAAUUCCCUACAUUGUUAUGGAUUAUGACAUCCCAAAGUCGGUACAACAAUGCCGCGCUAAACUGCGGGAAGAAUUUGAGAAACAUCGCAACGUGACGGAUGUGCGUGUCAUUGAUAUCCUAGUGAUAAAGGGUCAAAUGGAGCUGAAGGAGACAGUCGAAAUCUGGAAGCAAAAGGGUCACAUAAUGCGUUACUGGAAGGAGAGCCAAGAUCCCAAACCAACCGAUUUCUUGUCGAAAUUCUUGCAAGGCGUUAAUUGAAGUUUUAAUUAAUUUAUAAAUAUGUAAGAAAUUGUCCAACGCGCUACCCAAGAUUGUUAUUAACACAAUAAAUUGUCAGAACUGCGAAGCAAA